AAAACAAUUCAGAAAGAAAGGAGAAAUUGGUGUUGUGCAAGAUCAAAACAACAUCUGUGAUAAAACGAAACUGAUUUUCGCUUCCGUUUUUAUACACGACAAUUAGUACUGCUUGCAUAAAAUGCUAUCAUUCUUCCGCAGAAAAACAUCGGAAGACCUUGGAGUUUCGUCGAGCGGGAUGGAAGUUGGUAUCGAGGUUUUGCCAUCGCCAUCCUUAUCUCAGCUCGGUUACCGUAACGAAAAUGACCUGAAGGAAACCAUCUACGACUUCUUACGCACAAUUAGAGAUCCGGAGAAACCAAACACGUUGGAAGAUUUAAAAGUUGUAUACGAGGAUGGAAUAUUCGUGCAAAAGCCAACCGAAGGGAACGUGUACAUCGUGCGGAUAGAGUUCAAUCCAACGGUGCCCCACUGUUCGCUGGCAACACUCAUCGGAUUGUGCAUCCGCGUCAAGGUACAGCGCAAUAUCAACCACAAUCUCAAACUGGACAUCUACAUUAAGAAAGGAGCACACUCAACAGAGGACGAAAUUAACAAGCAGAUUAAUGAUAAAGAACGAAUAGCAGCCGCGAUGGAAAACCCCAAUCUGAGGCAAUUGGUGGAGACUUGUAUCAAAGACGAGGAGUGAGAAGACUGAUAGGAAUCUUAUGACAGACUGGGGAAAGGGUUUUGUAUGGUAUUAAGGUUGAUUGCUGGUAGUCAUACCUAUGGUUAUUAUAAAUUGUUAAAUGGAAUUAUUCAGUUUAGAAAUAUCAGUAUAUUUAAAUUUCCAAAUAAACUUUCUUUGUGACAAAUGAUAACCUUCCUGAAAUGUAACCAUAAGAAAAUGAAUUCCACAAAUGUGAGGUUAAGCUUGACGAUAUAAGCGAGCAUAUUGUCGGAUUAACUUACUCUCGGGUCAUUUAUCAUUUAUUAACUGUUGAAUCGUUUCAGGGAAUUAAGUUGAAUUCAUUAUUAUAUUUUUCAGGUUUCAUGUGAUGAUUCUUAAUCUAGCGGAGGAAAACAAAACAGUAUGGCAUAAGGUACAGUAAAUAUUCGAUAAUUGAACCAGGUUUAACUGGACUUUGGUCUAGUUAAAAAGGAGAAUUUCGUAAACAAUCGAUGCCAUAUUCUUCAAAUUUGCUAUGAGGGACAUUCGAAUGUAAUUCGCGUUGACGGCAUUGAGCUUUGUAUUACGGAAUGGGGGAGUAGGCAUGACAAUAUGGGUUUGCAGAAGAAAUGAACACUCUUUUAAAAUAAAAAUUAUGAAUGAAAA